GGUCACGUGUGACGGCGGGAGCCGUUAAAGGGCGACGGCGGCACCGGGCGGGGGUGGCGCGGCGUGGGCACAGAGUGGGUGCGGACACGGACAGGCCCAGGCCUCGGCCCUUCCUGGCAGCUUCCCGGAUGAAGAGUGGCGCAGGCCAUGGCGCGGAAUCCGGUCCCCAGUCCCCGCGGCCGCCGGGGCCGUAGGACGGCGGAGCCACCCCACGCCCUAUAGCGACCCCGCCACCCCCCGCUGUAUUUAAUUUUAUACCUAAUUUAUUAGCACCUCGCCCAGCUCCCCCCAAACCAUGGACCCGACCCCCACGGCGCCACUCCUCCCCAUGGAGGACUUCCUCUGGAUGCUGGUCCUGGGCUUCAUCAUUGCUUUUGUACUGGCCUUCUCCGUCGGUGCCAACGAUGUGGCCAACUCCUUCGGCACGGCGGUGGGCUCGGGGGUUGUGACCCUCCGGCAAGCCUGCAUCCUCGCCAGCAUCUUUGAGACGCUGGGCUCCGUCCUCCUGGGAGCCAAAGUCAGUGAGACCAUCCGGAAGGGACUGAUUGAUGUGGAGAUGUACAACUCCACACAGCAGCUGCUGAUGGCGGGUUCGAUCAGUGCCAUGUUUGGAUCUGCUGUGUGGCAGCUAGUGGCUUCGUUCUUGAGGCUCCCCAUUUCAGGUACCCACUGCAUUGUUGGAGCAACCAUUGGCUUUUCACUGGUGGCCAAAGGGCAAGAAGGUGUCAAGUGGUCCGAGCUGCUAAAGAUCGUGUUGUCCUGGUUCGUCUCGCCCCUCCUUUCAGGCAUCAUGUCUGCCAUCCUCUUCUUCCUUGUCCGGAGGUUCAUCCUCCGUAAGGCAGAUCCUGUUCCCAAUGGUUUGCGAGCUUUGCCAGUCUUCUAUGCCUGUACCGUGGGGAUCAACCUCUUCUCCAUCAUGUACACCGGUGCACCUUUGCUGGGCUUUGACAAACUUCCUCUGUGGGGUAUCCUCCUAAUUUCGGUGGGGAGUGCUGUUGUCUGUGCUCUCGUCGUCUGGUUCUUUGUAUGUCCGAGAAUGAAGAAGAAAAUCGAACGUGAGAUCAAAUCAAGCCCUUCUGAAAGCCCCUUGAUGGAGAAGAACAUCAGCCCCAAGGAGGACCACGACGAGCCCCGGGUGCCCCUGGGUGAUGCCAAGAGCCCCGUUGCUGAUGUGGGGUCAGCUGCACCCCACCGGGCAGUGGUGGAGGAGAGGACAGUCUCCUUCAACCUGGGGGACCUGGAGGAGGCCCCGGAGCAGGAGAGGCUUCCCAGCCUCGACCUGAAGGAAACCAGCACUGACAGCGGAGCCAUGCGGCUGCCCAACGGCAACCUCGUCCAGUUCAACCAGGCCGUGGGCCACCAGAUGAGCUCCAGUGGGCAGUACCAGUACCACACCGUGCACAAGGACUCUGGCCUCUACAAGGAGCUGCUGCAUAAACUGCACCUGGCCAAGAUGGGGGACUGCAUGGGGGACUCGGGGGACAAGCCCCUGCGGCGCAACAACAGCUACACCUCCUACACCAUGGCUAUCUGUGGCAUGCCCCUGGACUCCCUCCGGGCCAAGGAGGUGGAGGAGAUGGAGAAGCUGACCUGGCCCAUGGCGGACACCAAGAAGAGAGUCCGCAUGGACAGCUACACCAGCUACUGCAAUGCAGUGGCAGAUGCCCACCCGGCAGCUGAUGUGGAUCUCAACGCUGCCCAAGUGGAGACAGGAGUCGGUGACCACAAAGGCAGCAGGAGCUCCCUGGAAGAGUGGCAUGACCAGGACAAACCUGAGGUGUCCCUCCUCUUCCAGUUCCUGCAGAUCCUCACAGCCUGCUUUGGCUCCUUUGCUCAUGGUGGCAAUGAUGUCAGCAAUGCCAUAGGGCCCCUGGUUGCACUCUACCUGGUCUAUCAGACAGGUGAAGUGGCAACUCCCAUCUGGCUGCUGCUCUAUGGAGGUGCAGGGAUUUGCAUUGGCUUGUGGGUCUGGGGGAGGAGAGUCAUCCAGACAAUGGGGAAGGAUCUGACUCCCAUCACACCAUCGAGUGGCUUCAGCAUUGAGCUGGCAUCUGCCCUGACGGUGGUGAUCGCCUCCAAUGUUGGCCUCCCUAUCAGCACAACCCACUGCAAGGUGGGCUCUGUGGUCUCGGUGGGCUGGCUGCGUUCCAGGAAGGCGGUGGACUGGCGCCUCUUCCGCAACAUCUUCAUGGCCUGGUUUGUCACUGUCCCCAUCUCGGGUCUCAUCAGUGCUGCCAUCAUGGCUGUCUUCAAGUAUGCGAUCCUGAAGGCUCACGCUGCUCCUGCUUCCCUGCUGCCACCCUCCCCUCCAGGAGUGGGGGAGGCUCGUCCCACCGUGGCAUGGAGCUCCCUCAGUUCUGCAUAGUGUUGUCACUGAA